GGCGACCUGCCUUUCUCCUUCCUGAUUUCCCCCGUAUACCCUCACAGUGGUCCUCGCACUAGCGCUUUCUUUCAGCGCCGGCGCACUUUUUGGUUUAUCACAGGUGCAUUUGCGACCCUUCGACGUACUUUUCUCACUCACUGGGAAUUUGCAGACAUCUGAGGGUCGUGUGGAUGCGCGGCUUUGGAGAGAAGCGGAGAUGGAAUUGUUGAUAUUAUGCCUUUCUUUUGGGAUAUUGCAAUGCAAUUCGGUGGGAGCCGACUCCAUCAUUCACAUCGGUGCCAUUUUUGAGGAGAACGCAGCACGGGAUGAUGAGGUGUUUCAGUUGGCGAUCUCUGACCUCAGCCUCAACGAUGACAUUUUGCAGAGCGAGAAAAUCACCCACUCCAUAAAAUAUAUCGAACCCAACAACCCCUUUCAGGCAGUCCAGGAAGCAUGUGAACUGAUGACGCAGGGGAUCCUGGCCUUGGUCACGUCUACAGGCUGUGCCUCAGCCAGUGCUCUGCAGUCCCUGACAGAUGCCAUGCACAUACCUCACCUUUACGUCCAGAGAAACGCUGAAGGAUCACCUCGUACUGCAUGCCAACUCAAUCCAAGCCCCGAUGGAGAGCGAUACACCCUCGCAGCAAGACCGCCUGUCCGUCUAAGUGAUGUCAUGUUGACAUUAGUUGGUGAGCUGCGUUGGCAGAAGUUCAUCGUCUUCUAUGACAGUGACUAUGAUAUCCGUGGACUGCAAGUCUUUCUGGACCAGACAUCAAGACAGGGUUUGGAUGUGUCUCUGCAGCGAGUGGAUAGGAACAUCAGUGGUGUGUUUUCCAGUUUGUUCACCUCCAUGCGCACAGAGGAGCUCAACCGCUACAGGGACACUCUCAGAAGGGCUAUCUUGCUCCUGAGCCCACGCGGAGCACAGGUCUUUAUCCAUCAG